UUGGACGCUGUCAUUUCCCCAAUUCCAUUCAGCGAUCAUCGUGUUAGGGUUUUUCUUUUAUUUCUUCACACUUCGCACUUCACGCUCACAACUUUGUCUCUAUAACUGGUGCAGUUAAGAGUUUUUAGGUCACCAAUUAGGUUUAGGUCGACAACAAGAACAUGGGGAGUAAAGGUAGAAUACCAUUACCCCCUCCACAUAUGAGGCGUCCUCUUCCUGGGACAGGCAUGUUGCAUCCCGAGGUCUUGGGCCACGGGAUGCACCCUCUGCCGGGCCGAGGCCCUGGCCCAUUCCCGCCGUUCGAUCUAAUGCCGGCACCGGAAGUUUUGGAGCAGAAGCUGGCUGCCCAGCAUGUGGAGAUGCAGCGGCUGGCUACCGAGAACCACAGGCUUGCUGCCACCCAAGGAACAUUGAGGCAGGAGCUUGCCGCGGCGCAGCACGAGUUGCAGGUGCUGCACGCACAGAUUGGCGCUGUGAGGGCUGAGAGGGAGCAGCAGAUGCGGGGCUUGGCGGAUAAGAUUGCCAAGAUGGAAUCCGAGCUGCAGGCCACCGAGCCACUUAAGCUUGAACUGCAGCAGGCGCAGGGCGAGGCGAGGAACUUGGUUGUGUCUAGGGAGGAGCUUGUUUCUAAGGCUCAGCAGUUGAGUCAGGAGCUUCAGAGGACGCAUGCGGAUGUUCAGCAGAUUCCGGCUCUUAUGUCGGAACUUGAGUGCCUCAGGCAGGAAUAUCAGCAUUGCAGGGCCACUUUUGAAUAUGAAAAAAAAUUAUACAAUGAUCACCUUGAGUCACUUCAAGGUAUGGAAAAGAACUACAUUUCUAUGUCUAGAGAAGUGGAAAAACUCCGUGCAGAGCUUACAAACACUGCUAAUGUUGAUAAAAAAAGUAGUGUGCCUUACGGUGGCACCCCUGGAACUAAUGAGAAUGAGGCGUCUGGUCUUCCUUUGGGAAAAAAUACAUAUGAGGAUGGUUAUCCUGUUGCCCAGGGACGUGGUUUCCUCUCUGCUGCCAGUGGUGGUGGUGCAGCCGGUGCUACAACUGCUGCUGGAGCUCAACCUGGUGCAGUUUCUGCAAGCACUGGUUAUAAUGCUCCGAGAGGGCCUGGUUAUGAUGCAUCUGCUGGGCCUGCGUAUGAUGCUCAAAGGGCGGGUACUUACGAUGCACAGAGGUUGACUGGUUACGAUGCAGUUAGAGGAUCUGCUUAUGAUUCACAGAGAGGAGCAGUUUUUGAUGCUCAAAGAACUGGUUAUGAUCCACAGAGAGGAACUGGUUAUGAUCUGCAGAGAUCUCAAGGUUAUGAAAUGCAUAGAGGACCUGGUUAUGAUGCAUCAAGAGCAAGUGGCUAUGAUGCACAGUCAAGAGGUGCUGUUGGUCCUCAUGGACAAGCUCCUCCGGGGAACAAUAUGCCUUAUGGGUCUACAACACCACCUACUCGCGGUGGAGGUGGAUACGAGGCUCUGCCUCGAGGAGCAAACCCUGUCAGGAGAUGAGCUUAAGAUGACAUUUGCCAGUUGGGGAAUGGAUUCUUUCAUCUUAUUUUAACAUGAUGUGAAAAAUAUCAGUCAUUUAUUUAUAGAUCAAUGGUCAGCAAUUAAAAUGACUUUUUUUUUUCCAUGUUAGGAAUUUUGUCAUUAAAAUCGUGACCGUUGAUUCUUUAAUGAAUGAUUGAGGUUUUUUACGUUACAUGGUCAUGACUCAUGUUAAAACAAGACACGAGAAUCCAUUCCCUCCGUCAUAUAUUGAUGAUUCUCAAAUCUAUUUAUAGUUUGUGUCAUUCAAAUCUUAAUGUUUGGAAUCUCAAAGAUUUUUGAUGGGCUUUUGGAAAUUUGUUUUUGUCCAGUGUUACCUGAAAGUACAUAUCUCUCUUGACCAUAUUUCUCUGUAAUGUGUAUGGUGGGACUGUAGAGUUAGUAGCCUUUGAGAGAUAUAUACAUUCUUUCAGCUUUGAGAUGAGGUUGGCAACAUAAGACAAUCAAGGUCAUGUAAUACUGUUUUGGCAAUUCCAA